CUCGGAGACGGAGCACAGAAGAAGGGUAGUCCUCGCAUCCACAUGGACAUAUAAAUCUGCUCUCACAUCCUUCAGUCAGUGUUCCUGCACGGGGUUUCUUGAGGAGAAGAGGGAUUGAGGAAUGGUGUGUUCAGAAGUGUAUGGAAUCCUCCCCUGCAGCGAGGGGGUUGUUGGGAGCAUCUUCUUGCUCCUGGUCUAUGGUUUCAUCAUAUUGCAAGGCGCCCGAUGGAUCAGUGAAGGGAGCGAGCUCUUAUUGAAGGUUAUCGACCCAGGAUUGAUUGGAGGCCUGCUGCUGCCAAUUGUUGGGGCCCUUCCAGAUACAUUUAUUGUUGCAGCCUCAGGCUUAGGAGGGAGCCCUUCAGAAGCUCAGGAUAAAGUAGAGAUUGGUUUGGGCGCCCUCGCUGGCGCCAAUGUUAUGCUGCUGACGAUCGUGAUCGGCGUGUCCAUUAUCGUUGGAAGGUGUGACCUUGACAGCCACGGAAGCGCAGUCGACAAGCGACUGACGAGAGGAUGGGACGCCAAAAGAACAGGGGUGACAGUGGAUGGGCUCAUCAAGGAGGGCGCAAUCUUCAUGGUCGUCAGCGCUAUGCUUCUUCUUGUGCCUCAGUUGCCGGCCUACUGGGGAACCCGCACGCAGGGGGAAGUUACACUAGCUGGGAUGGUCUUGUGCUUCGUAAUACUAGUGGCCUACGUCGUCUGGCAGACGAUCGCCCCGGCCCUUCAAAAGCGGCGCAUGCGCGCCGCGCGCCACAAGCUCCUGAAGCUGUACGCAGUCAGGACGGCGCAUCGCUUGGGAGGUGGCGGGAACAUCGAUGACGAAUCUUUACGCCGGAUCUUCCGGCAAUUCGACCGCGGGGGAGACGGACACUUGGAUGGGUCAGAGCUCAAGGCGCUGGUCACGGGAAUGACUUUCGGUGCGACCGGCCUUGUGACCAUGGAGUAUGACGCCGACUUCUGGCUGAAAAACUUUUCCAAGGACCCCGAGUCGCGCGCCAUCUCGGAAGAAGACUUUGUGAAGGGGAUGAAAGAGUGGAUCAGCCAGCACCGCGACAUCCACAAGCGCUCGCGCAGCAUGCACGUCCUCCUGCGGCGCGUCACCCGCGACAGCGGCCACCACACCCCGAGCGACCCCGCUCUAGUUCCGGGGGACAGCCAGCACCCGGAGUCUGGCCCCAGUGCGAUCACUCAGGAGCAGAUGUCCAGCCACGUGGCAGCCCGGGAGGAGAUCGACCGGGCACUCCAGGCCGCCUCGGUCGUCAGUGAUGACGACAGCAGCAGUAGUAGCAGCGAUAGUGAUGACGACGAAGACCGGGGUCCCCCGGUGAUGCCGUCGAAGCGGCGGGUCGUGACGUGGGGCGCGUUUCUCAUCCUGGCCGGGUGUGUGGUCAUCGGGGUGGCGUCGGACCCCCUGGUCGACGCCUUGGACAGCUUCUCGCGCGCCUCGGGGGUGCCGCAGUUCUUCGUCUCGUUCGUGAUCGCUCCCCUGGCUUCGAACGCACAGGAGGCCGUCUCCUGCUUUCUGAUCGCGCGCCGACGACGGCGCAGCCACAUCACGCUCGCGCUGGCCCAGGUUUACGGUGCGGUGACACUGAACAACUCGAUGGCGCUCGGAGUGUUUCUGGCUAUCGUGCAUUUCCGCAAGCUGAGGUGGACGUUCGAUUCCGAGGUUACCGUCAUACUGGCGGUUUGCUUAGGUGUUGGCAUCCUGGGAGUGCGGCGGACGAGUUAUCCUCUGUGGGUAGCAUACGUGUUGCUUUCAAUAUACCCUCUUGCGAUUGCACUGACAGCCAUUCUUGACUACGGUGCUGGGUGGGGUAAGCUUUGAGCACGAGUCCCAUUACCUAAAGUGCGCAGUGCGACAAGCUUUAGAAUGUGAUUAGCCAAUUGUAUCCAGCCGCGGCCUUGAUUCAGAUUUAGGUUGAUCCCGUUGAGUACGUAAAUUGAGCAGGUACGAGAAACUUUUCUCCCAGUGCAAACUAUCUAGAGUAGUCGUAGGCACCGCUAGAAUGGUGCAUGAAGUAAAGAUAGGUAGCCCUGUCGUAUGGCCUGCAUAAGCUGGUCUGGACGGCAACUUACAGUAGUAACGUACACUUACGUUUGUUAUCUAGCCUAGCCUGUCUGGAGUGAUGUAUUGC